AUGAAGCUUCUGAUCACCUCACUUUUCAUCGUUAAUGCGUGGGCGGCACCCGACGGAUACGGUAGUGGAGGUGGAGGUGGAGGAGGAUUCUCUGGCGGUGGAGGUGGCGGGUUCUCAGGAGGAGGCGGAGGAUUUUCUGGAGGAGGAUUUUCCGGUGGUGGAGGAUUCUCUGGAAGUGGAGGAUUCUCCGGCGGUGGCGGUAGUGGUGGAGGAUCUGGAUAUGGAGGAGGAGGAGGAUGCAAUGAGGGAGAGGUUCUUCAUGUUGAUGGCUCCUGUGUCGUUCCUAUAAUCUCACGCAACGUAUUUGUUUAUGACGCUCCCGAACAGCAAGAAGAGAGUGGUCCACCGCCAAAUAUUCCUCCACCAAGAAUCGACCACAACAUCCUAUUCGUCCGCGUUCCUGAGAAGGGAGCAGCGCCUGAGCCAAUCAUCGUUCCUCCACCAAGGCAACAGAGCGUGGUGUACGUCCUGAACAAGGACGAUGGAGGAGGAGGACAGCAAGUGAUCGAAGUGACAGCUCCUCCACCGUCCAACCCUGAGGUUUACUUCGUCAACUAUGCUGAAGGAGAUAACCCUCAGCUGCCCAUUGGAGUUGAUCUCCAGACUGCUCUCCAAGCGGCUGCCAACGGCGGAGGACAAGUCAUCGGCGGAGGCGGAGGAGCAGGCGGAUUUGGCGGUGGUUCCGGCGGCGGAUUUGGCGGUGGUUCCGGUGGCGGAUUUGGCGGUGGUUCCGGUGGCAGCUUUGGCGGUGGAUUUAGCAGUGGUUCUGGCGGUGGAUUUGGCGGUAGUGGUGGAUCUAGAGGAGGAUUUGGCGGUGGUUCACGAGGUGGAUUUGGUGGUGGUUCGGGAGGUGGAUUCGGUGGUGGUUCAGGUGGUGGUGGAGUUGGCGGUAAUUAUAGUCCUCCAGCUCCCUCAAAUGCCUAUUCUGCACCAUAA